GCGUCACCUUCACACAGCAAGUGCCUUUACUUGAACAGAAGAGGUAGAAGGAAGAGGAAGGUAGCUGGGAGGGCAAGAGAAAAUAAAUCUCAGGAGUGUGUCUACACGCACCAGAGGAGCGUCACUUUACUUCACAGAGAAGGCAAGAGAAGCGCACAGAAACAGACGGGAAGAGGCAGCUGUGUAGGAGCAUCACAGUGUUGCCGGUGCUGGCAGAGCAUGCAGAGUGGAGACAGGGGAAUCCACUGGCACUGUUGAUCCCGGUGUCCCUGGCAAAAGCUGCUUAAGCAGGAGACAGAAAACGACGAAGCAGGCAGGAUCUCGCCAAGGGGGCAGCAUUUUACAGCGACAACGAAGCGUGGAGACAGCUGAAACCUGAACACAACACACACACAUACAAACAGCUGAGCAGAGAAGGACAGUCAGACACGCAUUGCAUUUAAAAAUCCCACCAAACCCACUUUUUUUUUUUUUUCCUUUUCUGAAAUGCACACACUGGUUCAAGAAAAAAAGAAAAUGUUUCAUCUUCUUGCUCAUGGAUUUUGGAUGAUAAAGGUAAAAACUUCUGGGAAGGAAUUUCUUUUUUAAGCACGACUUACUACAGAAAUUUUUUUUUUACUAACUUUACCACUUUUUCUUUAAUGGAGUUGGGAUUUUUAAACUCUUGAAGCACAACAAAAAAUACCCUUGAUUCGUAGCUGCAGAAAAUGAGAGCUGUCUUGGUGACCAUUACGAUGUCUCCCCCUGCUUCAGUCUGAGCAGUAAGUGGAUUAUGAUGGCAGUAUUUGGGGAUUUCUCUUUUGCUUAAGAAAGAAAGAAAGAAAGAAAGAAGCCUAUCUAUGAGUUGUGGAUUUAUGUCUGUCAAAGGGGAAGAUUUUCCGCAUUUUCUCCUUUCUUCUCCUGUGGAUUACAUAUGGGUUUUGUGAUCUCCGAAUGCAGUCUCAUGGAUGAUCGCUCACUGCCAGUUAUUAGGAUAAAGUACAAAAAGGGACACAAGUGAGUAUUCAGCUGGAUUUUUAUCUCUCAAGUCAAAGCUUGCAUAAAGCAAAGCUGUCGAAAGUGAUUCUAUAACGAAAGCACAACGCAGCAUCAUUUUUCCUGUUUUAAUAACUCAUGUAACUCACUGAUUGAGCUGUUAUGUCCAAGGAAUGAUGAUGAAGUUGUAAGAGGUGGCUCGGGCACAAACGGAGAUUGAUUGAAGUGAUCUGUGUGAAUCCAAUUAAUGCACAUUGGAUUCUUGCCAAGACAAAAGCAAUGGAGGGGAGCACCACCGUCUAGCAUCUGAUCCCCUCCUCACUGGAUAAACUGAGGAACCUCUACUCUCCCUCCUGAACAACACUCCUCCUCCUUCUCCUCCCUUUUCACCCAGGCAAGAAUGGUACCCCCACCCCCCACCAACAAGCCCCACGUGUGCCUGUCCACCAUUCUUAUCAUGAGCAGCAUGGCACUGAUCGAUGCUUACCUGGUGGAGCAGAACCAUGGACCCCGUAAGAUUGGCAUCUGCAUCAUGGUGAUGGUGGGAGACAUCUGCUUCUUAAUUGUGUUGCGGUAUGUGGCUGUGUGGGUGGGUGCUGAAGUACGUACCGCUAAACGAGGCUAUGCCAUGAUCCUCUGGUUCCUUUACAUCUUUGUGCUGGAGAUCAAGGUCUACUUUGUAUAUCAAAACUACAAAGCAGACAGGAAGAGCUUGGACGCUCUUGCAAGGAAAGCCUUGACACUGCUGCUGUCUGUUUGCAUUCCAGUUCUUUUUGUGGUGCUUGUAGCUAUAGACCACAUGGAAUAUGUUCGCGCCUUCAAGAAGCGCGAGGAGAUCCGAAAUCGACUCUUCUGGGUGGUGGUGGACUUGCUUGACGUACUGGACAUCCAAGCCAAUCUGUGGGAGCCUCAAAAGAAAGGUCUACCUCUAUGGGCAGAGGGCCUGAUGUUCUUCUACUGCUACAUCCUGCUGCUUGUGCUACCCUGUGUGUCCUUGAGUGAGAUCAGCAUGCAGGGCAUCAACAUCGUCCCCCACAAAAUGCUUCUGUACCCAAUCCUCAGCUUGGUGACCAUCAACAUUAUUACACUCUUCAUCCGUGGAGGGAACAUGAUCCUGUACAGGGAUGCCAGAGUAUCUGGGAUCCUCAUUGGAAAGAACAUACUGGCCAUCAUCCUAAAGACCUGCAGUUUCGUGCAGUACAGGAGACAGUUGCAGAACGCUCCUCCCGCAUUUGGAGUGGAGCUACAGAAAAACUCAGUGGCUAACACUCGCCCUGCCCCCACCCCUCCUCAAGUGGUCAUGCAGGACCAGACCCCUCUCCCCGAAGUAACAACAUGUGAACACACAUGACAUGCAGAUAGGGUGAACCCUGGAAAUGUCAAUAUGAGUAUAUAUGACCCUUAAGGAUGCUGGCUGGGAACAGUGUUCCACACCUUUUAGUGUGUGUGAACACACAGAAGAUCAUGAUCCCUAAUGCUUAAUGGCACACAGGACACUGCAGACGCUGAGCGAGUAUGAAGCACUCACUGCUGUAUCCAAAGCCGUCAUGGUGCAAAACACAGUAUUACUUGUGACUUUGUGAAAGCAUCCCCCCCCCCCGAUAAAUCCAUUUAACUGUGUAUUUUUUCUAACUGUACAAAUGAAAAAAGGCAACUACUGCAAGAUUAGAGGAUAUAUUUUUGAAUUGUGUGUGUUGCAUUCUAAUCUUAAACUUAAGGGUCUGUUUGCUGUUGUGUGUAUUUCUGUUGCUCGAAUGUUCUUAGUAGUUGAGGGCUUUAACUCGUCAAAGUCAAAGGGGGAAACCAAUGAAAUAAUUGAAGUAAUGGGGAUGAACAUAACAGUUAAAGCUUUCUCUUGAAAGAAGUGUGUUUUUAUAUGUGAUUCUUUGAUAAAGUAUUGUGUACAAGAAAAAAGCAUUUUUGGUUUAUCACUGGCUGUAAAAGGAUUUGACAUAAAAUCAUCUCAAAGUUA